AUGUGCGGUCAUCAGGAGGAAGAACGUUUCCUCGAGGAGACAUCUUCAGUGCGCUGUUGGUUGGGUAGUCCCUCUCUUCGUGCCUGCGGCUACAUAGUUUACAAAGAGCAACCUUUGCGCUGUAACCUGAGACAUGUUCAGUGCACACAUCAACAGUUCACUGAAGAUGUCUCGUCGAAUGGUGACGAAACAGAGUUGAAGUUUGAUAAACACUCCACGUUCUCCCCGGACGUCGAGUCAUUGUUUACCAACAUACCACUCACCGAGACAAUAGACUACGUUUGUGACUUGAUUGAGUGCAACGGUAAGGAUAUUGGAAUUCCCACUUCGGAUCCUAAGAAACUCCUGCUCCUUUGUGCCUUCAACAAUCAAAUUUAUCGACAGAAGGACUGGGACGCGAUGGGCUCACAGCAGUGCAAUAUCCAAUGGCCGUGCCGGGAUUUGAACCCCGGACAUCUGACAUGCGAAGCAAGUGUGUCACCACUACUCCACCAACACACGUUGGACCCAUUUGAAUUUUCACGUCUGAACAGGCGAACGUGUUCGCACUUGAGCGGUGUGAUUGCUGAUCGGACAGCGGCCCACAUUGAUGUAAAGAAUAAGCUUCCGGCUGGUGGGUUUGAUUCGGAGUCAGUUGCGAAUGGCGUUGGUACCGGCACCGAAACACAACAGGGAAUAGAAAACAGGAGCAUCAUAGAUCAUUCGAAGAAUUCCUAG